AGCAGAAUGAGCUGGGGAACACUGUAUGCUCAAUUAGCCGGGGUGAACCGCCACUCCACCAGCCUGGGCAAGGUCUGGUUAUCUGUUCUCUUCAUUUUCCGUGUCACCAUUCUUGCGGUGGCUGCUGAGGCUGUGUGGGGUGAUGAGCAGUCAGACUUCACCUGUAACACCCUGCAGCCUGGCUGUGAGAACGUCUGCUACGACCACUUCUUCCCCAUCUCACACGUGCGCCUCUGGUGCCUGCAGCUCAUCUUUGCUUCCACGCCAGCCCUGCUGGUGGCCAUGUACGUGGCGUAUCGGAAACACGAGGACAAACGUGGCAUCUUGCAUGCCGACAAGAAGACAUCGAAAGCUAAGCAGGAGGAUGAGUUAGAGAGUCUAAAAAAGAGGAGGCUGCCCAUCAUUGGGCCAUUGUGGUGGAUAUAUGCUUUCAGCCUGGUCUUCCGGCUGCUCUUCGAAGCUGCUUUCAUUUAUGCCCUGUACGUGAUCUAUGACGGCUUCCGGAUGCCCCGGCUGGUGCGUUGCGAGCAGUGGCCUUGUCCCAACGAGGUGGACUGCUUUGUGUCACGGCCCACGGAGAAAACAGUCUUUACUGUGUUCAUGGCAGCAGCCUCAGCUGCUUGUAUGGUGCUUAAUGCAGCUGAGCUGGCGUACCUUGUUGCCAAGGCACUAAGACGUUGCCCAAGGGUUGGUGCUGGGAGGGGCCGUUCAAACUGCUCAGCGAAAGACAAGGGUCUUCUGCAGAGCAAGAAGAACGAGAUACUACUCUCCUCGUCUUCCUCUGUGUCCUCCAGUGGCAAAGCAUUAUAA